UGUUCUUUCUUACCAAUUGCCAAAGCCUUAGCCAAGACGAGGGAAAAAUGAGAAGAAAGUGAAGGGGGAAGAAAGAAAGAAACUGAGAAAAUUAGCAUAAGUUAGUUUAACAAGGACGAGGAGGAAGAGGAGGAGGAUGAAGAGAUGAGUUGGCCUCAAACUGCCAGGCAAAUGGGAAAUCAGACCGACCCUAAAGGACCCCUAAAUCAAUUCACAUUUGAAAUUUGGUAUUACGACAGGCUUUGUGAAUCAUAACCAGAAGAAGAAGAUUUGAGAGAGAGAGAGGCGGAGGGUGGGACCGGUGUAGGGGGAUAGGGGGUAGGAGGAGUUUAUGAUGCUUUGUGAAUCAUUGCGUGAUCGAAUACAGCCAUGGCUUCGUGAUUACGACAGGCUUCAAUCAUUGGCCGUCAUUCUCCUCUACAUUCAGAUUGGGUGCGCAUUGGUGGGAUCGCUCGGUGCACUGUACAACGGGGUUUUGCUGAUAAAUCUGGCCAUUGCAUUGUUUGCCCUCGUCGCAAUCGAGAGCAGCAGUCAGAGCCUCGGCCGCACAUACGCCGUCCUUCUCGUCUGCGCCAUCUUCCUCGAUGUCAUCUGGUUCAUUCUCUUCAGUCACGAAAUCUGGAACCUUUCUCGUGGAAGUGGGAGUAAUACAACUUUGUACAUCUUCUCUGUAAAGCUCACUCUGGCCAUGCAAAUUAUCGGCUUUUCCAUCAGGUUAUCCUCCUCCUUGUUAUGGAUUCAGAUCUACAGGUUGGGCCUUUCCUAUGUAGACACUAGUGCAACUCCUAGAGAAGCCGAUUUUGAUUUAAGAAAUAGUUUCUUGAGUCCUACUACUCCCGUUGUACCCAGACAAACUUCAGAUUCUAGUGAUGCUAUAGGGGGCGCUAUCUAUGACCCCACGUAUUACUCCUCACUCUUUGAAGAUGGUCAGGGAAAAUAUUGCAGUGGCAACGGAUCUACUUCUGAUGUUGAAUCUUCUAAGGCAAAACCAUCUGUAGUCAGAUCAUUUCAGUUCGUAGAUGAGGAGAAGGCAGCAGCCAGCCUAGUUCCGUUUAAUUUUGAGUGCCAUCUGUCUUUUCUUUACGGAUCGACUCCCCUAGGUAGUAGUCUAGAUGAUCUUUCAUAUGAUGUAGUCGCUGCGGCCAGAUUGUGUUAGGGCGUGGGCCUUGUACAGUCGGAUCACAUAUUAUUGCAUUUGUUUUGGCCGGAUGAGGAUGGGAAGGUGUUGAUCAAAUCAAAGUAUUAAAAGGAGAAGCACAUGGUCCGUGUGGUUUGGUUUGGUAUGCCAAAAGCUUUUGAUCAAGAUCCCAAGUCCAGUGGUUCAUGCGUGUGACAUUUGUUGGAUAUUGAGUUGCGUUAGCGUGUCGGCAUCACCGCGCAGCAAUCAACAUGUGGGUGUUAGUUGACAAUGGACAAGGAUUGCCUGCCCUCCAUUUCCGAUGCCUUCUCCGUGCUCUCUUGUUUGUGUAAUCACGGUUAAGUCACGUCAACUUUUUAUAUUACUAUUCAUUUUUGUCUUAUUAUAUCUAUAAAAAAAAAAAUAUAAAAUGUUGACGUAGCUUAAUCAUGAUCACACAAAACAGGAGGGCACGUAAAGGGCACCGGAAGUAGAGGGCAGACAAUCCUUGUCCGUUGACAAUAGCAUUUUGGUUGAGGAACCAACAGAAGGCAAUUGCCUCUUGUUUCCAUGAUAGCAUUUGUUCACCCUUUCAAUGUAGCCUUGUUUUUUUCUUGAAUUUCAGACCCCGUGCAAUGUCGUUCACUACGAACUUGCAAGAGUUUUUUUGUUGUUUGUUUGUCCGAAGUAGGCGUGUAGAAGAUACUUUUGGAUAAUUGCAAGCCUCAAGAGUAUAAUUAGGUGAUGGAAGGGAGGCAGUUUUGGUGGGCUUUGUUUGUUCUUGCCAAGGAAAAGCCGGUUUCCAUGGUCCCCUCCUUUUUGUUGGUAUAUAUAGGUUGAGCAGGAUAUGAAUGAGGAA